ACCGCACCGGCCGGAGUCGCUGCCCUACCAUUCCAGUUCGCGUUUGUUGCCCGUGAAGGAUGCCUUCUGCCAACCCUAAACUAGAAAAACAGGCCUCUACGGAGGCCGUCGAACCCAUACGCCAGGCGAUAAUCGUGAUCGAGCAUAAGAUCCGUAAUUUGGAAAAGCGGAAGGGGAAACUCGAAUCGUACAAGGACCUGCAGAAGCAGGGUAAGGAGCUGAACCAUGACCAAAAGAUUGCUGUUGCAAAGUAUGACGAAGUUGUGCAAACGUUGGACCUUACCAGAGAACUCUGUAAGCAGAUUGUUGGCAUUGCCAAUGAUUCUGCCAAACAGCAGAAGAAACUUGCUCGUAAGGAAGCGUUAGAGCGGGUGCAACAAGAUGUUGCCAAGGUAAGAGAAGUGCUACUCGUUCAGGACUGUCUAACACAAAUGGGACUGGACAAAGCUCGAGAAGAUUUCCUGGCUGGCACAAACGGCGCUGCAAAAUUAACGGAAGAAGAUUUGAAAUACCUAGAUGAAUUGUACGGAGAAGUGACAGUGAAGCACGACAGCGAGGAGGGAGACCUUCCAUUCAUGCAGAAGGUGCAAAAGGCAGCUGAACACCUCGUUGCAAUUGUCGAUGGCAAACAAAGGGAAUUUAUUGGUACAACAUACAACAAGCUGAAGGAAAUUAUCACCACUAUUUAUCAAAGUGGAUAUUUUGAUCAAGUUCAAGAGGUUCAGGAGCCAGUCGAGGAGAUGGCAGAGGCACCAGCUGCUGAAACACAGGCUGCUGAAAAUUCCAUACAGGAACAAACAACGGACGACUACAGUGGUAGUGACAGACACAUUCCACCACCAGAAUCCAUGAUCCCUAUUCCCAAUUUUCCAGUGCCUGCAGCACCCCUCCCAGUUAUUUCCGGCAGUGCUCCUGUUCCUGGUCCAAUCCCUGUUGUCCCUCAACAAAUACCGUCUCAUGUACCAGCUCCAGUUGAAUCCUCUUAUUAUACGAGUGCUCCAGCUGGAUUUGUUCCGCCGCCACAGCAACCGCAACAACAGCAGCAGCAGCAGCAGCCGCAACAACCACCACCACAGGCACCGAGAAUAAAUGACGUUAUCGGCACUCCAAAUUUUUUCUUUCUACAAGAAUCUGAACUUGAUUCUCCAGAUGUCGCCACUCAGGCACCAGUUGUAUCACACAUUCCUCCCACGGUCAACGCGCCCAUUCCUUCACAGACUUUUACCAACCAGAAUUUUGCCUCUCCACAAAACGUGGUGCCGCAACAGGUGAUAUAUCAACAUCAGCCCCAAGACAUGCCUCACAUUCCUGGAUUUGCAAACCCGAACCCACCGCCUCCAAUUCCCAUGCCACCCUCGCACCAACAACCAAAUAUACAAUAUAGCCCUCAACAUCCCGCUGGUUUUCAGCAGCAACCACAGGCACAGCAAACGCAAACGAUUCAGCAACAAACGCAACAGCAAAAUUAUGACCAAGCUGCUAUUCCGGAGUCUCAACCUCAGGUUAACGAGGACAAAGUGGAGCAAGUUCAGAAUGAACCUGCUGGAGGAGAACCAGAUCUUGAUCAAGGCGAUGACGGAGGUGAUUGGUGUCAGCUAGCUGAUGGUGCCGGUGGGGAUUGGAAUCAACCGGAUAGUUCGUCGUCUUUUCAACAACAACAACAGCAGCAACAACCUCAACCCGCCCAACAGGCAUGGGGUGAACAACAGCGUGGUGGGUACAGAGGUCGUGGAGGAAGGAGAGGAAACUCCAAUGGUUACAGUGGAAGAGGCCGAGGCGGCGGAGGGGGAGGAUAUCAGCAGAAUGGACGAGGAGGCCAGGGAACCUACUACCGUAACAACGACACCAACUAUCAAAACGGUUACCAACAACGGAGUUACAAUGCUGAAGGGAAUGGCGGUUAUAAUGGAGGUUUCAAGAGAGGCGGUGGCGGAGGACAGAGGGGAGGUCCAAGAGGCGAACGUGGAAUGGAUAGGGGUGGUCGUGGACAAUUUCGUGGUGGUCAAAGAGGUGGAAGUCGUGGGUACGCACCACGUGGUAAACCUCAGGCACAACAGUAAAACUAAAUAACGUGAGCAUUAAGAGAAAGGCAACAAAAUAUUACGAUAGUAACGUUGUAUGGUUCGGUCUGAUCGCUUAUUUAUGAAAGAACUGAGGUUUCAGCUACUUAGUUGAAUGGGAAAGGCUUUGUUGUGUUUACAAAAUUUAUUAGCUCUGCAAUGAAUGUAUUCGAUGUUUCGUCAUAGUGUAUGUUUUUUCCUUUCUUUUUUUUUCUCCUUUUUUAAACUGAACUCAUAUAUUAUUAUUAAGACUACGUCCUGGGUAUCUUUCUUAAAUAAGUGACUGAAUUGAUGAAUUUAGUAUUUGAAUUUGGUGUCCAAUUUUCGACAGAAAAAAAAAAAGGAGACAAAGAAGCGAAUCGUUACACAAACUUAAGUACGAAAAGAUUGACCAAAUUCAGUAAUAUUAAAACCACCACCACGCAAGUAUUAUUGUGUUGUGACAGAAGGCAGUUUUCACAGGGCAACAACAGCUGAUCGACAAAGAUUAGAAAAAUAAUUUUAUUAUAAAAAAAAACUCCCCUUUCUCCCUUAAAGAAUUUAAAAAAAAAAAACAACAAAAAAUUGAAAAAACAAAAAAAAAACCAAACUGUUAACUCACGUACGCAUUUCACGCCAACACACGAUCCUAUUUAAGAAUGACUAUUGAUAAGGUGAUUAUAAGAUUACGUGACAACGCGCAAUGAUCUCUUAUACUAUGAUAUUUGCAAAAAAAAUUUCGUGAAGACUUUCAACUUCGACUGGAAAGAGAAGAUUUCAAACCCUAUAAUCAAAAUCUUCUAUUUUCUAUCAACCGUUGUACAGCCUUGAAAUAUCUAAGUAUUAAUAAUGGAGAUUGAGAAUAUAAUGGGAAAUAAUAGUCGGUGAAGAAGAAUUUCUGUACAUGUGCAGCAUAUGAAAAUGUUAUCAUGUUGUCAUUGUUGUUUGUCUUCUUAUCGUUAUACCUUUGAAUCCGUUCGUUGUCCAGUGAUUAUUUUUAAUAUUCGGGGCUGCCGUGUUCGUUAGUUUCAUCGAAUUUAUCAACCUGUGAAUAUCAUUCCAACUGUAAAGAUCGUUGUGCAAUGUCAGAUUUACGAAGAAACUAUUUACCUGAUUUCCUUUGAUCGCAGAAAAUGAAGUAUAAUUUUUUUAAAGAGAUGAUGUGAGAACGUGGAAAGCUUUAGCAUGUAAGUCGAGGCGAAUGUUCAAUUUAUUAUGACUAGUAGCCAGCGAAGAAUGUAAUGUCGUAGAUGCCAUCCGCGGGAGUUGAGCUCAUAACACCGCGAAGGAAGAGAA